GCACCUGACUGCUGGCUGCCUUCCCUUGAACUUGACCCCUCCUCCACCACUUCUUCCCCCCUCGUUCAACUUCAACUCCCCAUCGACAAACAUCCAAUAAUUCUCAACACCAUUCUGCUCGAAGCAGAACGAUCCGAAGGUCCUCGAGAUUCUUCGAGCCUUCGAAGCUCCCCCCUUCACACCCUUUGAUCUUGCCUAGCGACAUAGUGUCCCAGACUACAAUCGUCACCUCCGUCAGCGUUCCAUACAACCACGGCUUGGGUUGAGCCCCACACAAAAAGCACAGAGAUUCCUCAUUUCGCUGCUUUCACUGAUUCCACUCCCCCCAAGCUUUGCAUCAAGGUCGCCGGAUAUCCAGUCAUCGUCGCAAUGGACAGUCUAGUUCAUAUCACUCUCACCUCCUUGAAUGGGGAUAUCCGUCCUUCCGAACGAAUCCUAGACCUCCGUCCAGACCGCCGUUCCUUCCAGAUCGGUCGAGCCUCGAAGAGUGUCAGCAAGGGACUAUCAGGAGCAGUCGAUAAUGCCUGGUUUGAUAGCCCGGUUAUGUCCCGCAACCAUGCAGAGAUAUCACUCGAUCCCGAAAAUAAUAUGGUCAUGAUACGGGAUAUCGGCUCCACCCACGGAACUUACCUCAACAACACUGCAUUGGAACAAAAAAAGCAAAGAAGCGUCAGCGAUAAUGACAUUGUUGUAUUCGGCACUGAGGUUAGACGCGGUUCUGAAGUAUUCCCUGCAUGUGCCUUCCGUAUCAAUUACGAGUUUGUCCCCUACAAGACUAAGAGUAAUACGUUCACCUGCCCCGAUUCAUCUGAUGUCGAGGAUGAAGAAUAUGAAAUCAGCGAUGAUAAUAUCGAGGGGAAUGAGGGUUCUUCAAGCGAUGACGGGAUCUCAAUAGGAAGUCGACCAGUCAAGGCAUCCCAGGCUAUCAAUGCAAUCGAUCUCACCAGGGACGACUUUCCUGCUGCGUCCUCUGGGGACGAGGAAUCUAACGACGAAGAACGUUGCAAGGUGAAGAACAUACGUUAUCUCAUUGCUGGCAUCGACUCUGAUGACCAAACAAAGACCGAGUUCUACCCUCGUAUUAUCAGCGAUAGUGAUGAUGAAGAGGUACGAUCCUCAUCAUCCUCGGGCUCAAAUCUCCACUCAGACGAUAGCGGAUCUGAUGAUUCCGGCUCCUUGGAUGGUUAUGGCUUAGAGGAAGCUGAGGGCUCAGAGAUUCACGAUACCUUUGAGGAUCCGGAGAUGAACGUUGAAACCCACUCAGCUCCGGGCUCUCCAAAAAUCCAAUCCCGCCAAGCAGAUGAACACGCCAACUUUGGACCAUCCACUUCCAGCAGUGAUGAGGACAUGCGUGCGUCGUCAAUAGAACUCGCUGCACGCAUCCUCGCAUCGGAGAGCAUCAUGAGCGACGAAGAUGAUGAAAGCGAUUUCGGCCUCUCGGAGUCAGGAAGAGAAGGUAUCCAAGCACUUUUUGAUGAUGGUCUGCUCGAAAACGGCGAUGCAGAUCAUUAUGGUGAGCUUAGGCCUGAGGACGAGAGCAAUACCGACAGUGUCAUGUCUGGCAAAGGCCCUAUUAACGUUGCUGCGAACAAUGAUGAGAAUGAGAGACUGAAGCGUGGUACCUCAUUGUUCCAGCCCGCAGAAAUGCCACCCCAAACAAUUUCAAACUUCGAUAGUCACCAUGCUUACGAAUGCUCUGCUUUGCCGAUGAGGGACCCAUUUAGCCAAUCGACUACAGGUAUCAGACAGCCAAGCCCUUCUGAUGCAGCAAUGGUGAAGACUGCCAUUUCACUGUCCCGAGAGCCCAGCCAGGCUUCUAAUCCUUCAUUUGCGCGUAGUUCCCCAGUUAAAACCACUACUUGGGAGCAACUACUUGCUGAGAGUGGUGUACAAUCACUCGGCGAUAAGACCGGCAAACAUGCCUUUUUUGAGGCCAGAGAGGACAACAAAGCAAAGUUUUAUGCAACAGAGGACGGUGUCAUAUCGAAACCACCGGCUGGAAGAACAAUGCAAGGUUCAGAGUCCACAGGAUACCAAGAGCAGAAGCCACAGCACAAAGUCAUUGUUGCGACCCCGUCCACAGAAAGACGUCAAGGCAGAUAUACAAGGAGCCUUUCUUCUGUAGACAGUUAUGAUGCUGCGGAGCCCUCUGUUAUUCCUCCUCACUCGCCGGGUAUGGUCAAGGCGGCUGGUUCUUAUCCGCCGCUUUCUUACGUCAGUGAUGGUACUCAAGUACCAAUCUUUGAGAGAGACCCCAGCCCUCUGCUCGACAUGACAAGUGCUUUCGAAUACAAUAAGAGCAAGGCUUCCAUGGCAGCUGCGAGCAAGGAAGCAUCUUCUCAACCAGGACGUUCUAAGCUUAGCAUCCGUGAUAUCAUCGAUAGCUCAACAGCGGAUCAAACUAAGGACAAGAAACGCAAAGCAGACGAGAUCUCUAAUGUCAUCGAAGACGAGGUCAGAAUCUGGGCGGCUUCGUCCUCAUUAGAUGCUUCGAUUGGUUCGACAGAUAUGCCUGCAUCAGGAUCAGAGGUUGUAGCUACUCCCAAGCUUCCAGGCGUCAAGCAAGAUGUUGAGCCUAAUCUCCCCGAACAGCGAUCAGCGAAGAGGCUCAAGAGGAUCGUGGAGGGUGUAGGUUACGCCGCUCUCGGGGGUGCUGUUGUGGGCGCCGGCCUCUUCUCGGUCCUCGUUGCCACAGCUCCAGACUUCUUGUAAGUUUUGGACGCGGAAUCUCGAUCAUCCUACUAGAGUGGAGUUUCUUCCGGGGCUUUUUCAAGGGGCCUCUCUUUCUUUUUCGCGAUAUGGUUGGUAUUAGGUACUGAAGCUUUGAGGUAUUGGGUGCUCUCUAUAGGUAUUGAGAGCGAUGCAGAAUAUCCAAGGGGCGAUCGAUCGAUCGGGACGGAGUACUUGCUUGCUUUGCUUU